AUGGACCAGAAGGCUUUGGAGGAUUAUGUGAACCUUCCUGACCCUCAUUACAGUUAUACCCUUGUUUCUAAAGAGGAGCACCAUGACUCCACUGUCUAUACCAUCAAUAUGACCUCACUGAAGUGGUUGGAAGAUUCUGAAGUGGAUAAAACAAUCUGGUGGCAUAUGGUGACCAUGACUACACCCAAAGUAUAUAAGAAUGCCCAGAUGAAGAAAUCGUGUUUCCUUUUGCUUGCUGGUGGAAGAAAUGACGGUCUAGAAGAACCUGCUGAAUACUCCGCUGAUCAGAUUAGAACUCUAGCAGUCACAACUGGAUCGUACAAACAUCCUUUUGGGAUGAAGAAUAUAACAGAAAAUAGUUUAUUUGCAUAUGUUUUAUGGAGAUUUAUUAAUGAUCCAACCACUUCACUGGACUGGAUCAUCCAAUUCCCAAUGGUCAAGGCCACUGUACGAGCCCUGGACACAGUUGCGGAUUUCUUGCUGAAGCAGCCUGGUGAAGAUAUACAAAUCACCACAUUUAUGGUACUAGGCUCAUCCAAGCGUGGAUGGAUUGCUUGGCUGACUGCAGCCAUUGACAAGCGUGUGGUGUCAUUUGUCUCAGUCGUUAUGGACGUCCUGAAUUUUGUUGAGAAUUUACAUCACCAGUACAGAUCAUAUUGUGGCUGGAGUUUCGCACUGGCACCUUUCUACUACAUCAACAUUACUCAACAGAUCGAUCAUCCCCGUUUUGAACUUAUUGCUUCAAAUAUCGACCCUUUGAAAUAUAAUGAGCAUUAUAUAAACAAAACAAAGUACCUACUUGUGGCAUCAGGAGAUGAAAUGGGCCAGCCUGACAAUUCUUAUUAUUAUUUUAAUCAGCUAACAGGAGAGAAAUAUCUCCGGAUCAUCCCAAAUAUGAACCAUGCCUUAGCUUUCUAUGAAGACAGUAUUGGAAUUCCAACCGCCACUUUUUACCUUAUCACCAUGCAGAAUCAACAGCAUCCCCAGGUCCAUUGGAACAGGACUGUGAAAAAUACUGGAGGAACUAUUUACUUUUCCACAGACCAGGAGCCUUCAUUGAUCUAUGCUUACUAUGCUAACACUAAUGAUGACACAAGGAGAGAUUUCAGAAUGUACGUGUUAUCUGGACAAGAAGCUAAAAGGAAUUCUAUUAAGUGGAAUCGUGCUAAGGUGAAGAAAGUGGCUACAUAUUCCGGCUUUGAGGAUUCCAGCAAAAAAUUAAUAAUAACAUCUGAACUUCACAUAAUUCCAGAAACUUUUCCAUGCAAGGACUGCGUCAAAGAGUGCUACAGCAAACUGGUCUGAGAAGGUUCAACUAAAAUGGAAGAUGCUUUUGAAUGAUCAAUAAGACUCAGAAAAGGGGGAGCCA